AUGUUUCUUUUGUCUUAUAAUUUCUUUUUUCACUCACUGACAUUUUUUUUUUUUUUUUUCACUCAUUCUCUGUUUUUUUUACUUAUUCCCUUCCUGUUUUUUUCACUCAUUCUUUCUGUUUUUGUUUUUUUCACUCACUCACUGUUUUUUUUUUUUCUCCCUCUGUUUUUUUUUUUCUCCCUCUGUUUUUUAUUUUUUUUCUCACUUACUCUGUUUUUUUGUUUUUUUCACUCUCUUUGUUUUUUUUCACUCUCUUUGUUUUUUUUCACUCUCUUUGUUUUUUUCACUCUUUGUUUUUUUUUCACUCUCUUUGUUUUUUUUCACUCUCUUUGUUUUUUUCACUGUUUUUUUCACUCUCUUUGUUUUUUCACUCUCUUUGUUUUUUCACUCUCUUUGUUUUUUUCACUCUCUUUGUUUUUUUCACUCUCUUUGUUUUUUUCACUCUCUUUGUUUUUUUUCACUCUCUUUGUUUUUUUCACUCUCUUUGUUUUUUUCACUGUUUUUUUUCACACUCUUUGUUUCUUUUUUUUUUCUCACUUUGUUUCUUUUUUUUUUUCCACUCUUUCUUUUCACUCUUUGUUUCUUUUUUUUUCACUCUUGUUUUUUUUUUUUUUUUCACUCUGUCUUUUGCUCUCUCUCUGUUUUUGUUUCACUUUCUGCUUUUUUUUUCAUUGUUUCUUUCUGACUUUUUUCACUUUUUGUCUGACUUUUUCUUUUUACUCUCUCUUUCUGAAAGGUAUUUCACUCUCACUUUCUGUCUAUCGCAGUUUUUUUUUUUUCACUCACAGAUUUUUGCUCUCUCUUCCUUUAUGCAUUCUCUCUCUAUCCUCUUCACACUCCUUUUCUCUUUUCCCUACACUCUCUCUCUCCUCCAUCUGUUUCUCUAUUCAAUUUCUUUUUGUUGCAACACUCUCCUUCUGA